AUGCGCGUUCUUAUAAUUGAUAACUACGACUCUUAUACCUACAACUUGUGCCAGUUAGUCGGCAUUGUAGAUGGAGGCCAACUUCCAGUUGUCGUUCGGCACGACGACGCUACGGUGCUGGCGUCGAUUACGACCUGCGAACAGGGACCCAGUCCGUUUGACGCCAUCAUCGUUUCACCGGGCCCAGGCCGUCCUGAACGCGUGAACGACUUUGGCUUCUGUUGCAAAGUCAUCGAAUGUUUUUCUCUUCAUCAGACGCCCAUCUUGGGCGUUUGUCUCGGCCACCAGGGCAUCGUGCACGCGUUCGGGGGGCGUGUUGUUCACGCCCAGCGACCCGUUCACGGAGAGGUCGCCAUCGUUGAGAAAACCGAGCAGCGCUCAAGCCAGAAGGCCCUGUUUUCUGGUCUUCCAUCGACUCGUUUCCGCGCCGUGCGCUACCACUCCCUGGUUGCGGAGACGGCCUCGUUGCCGUCCUGCCUCGAGCCACUGGCCUGGUGCACGGAUGUCGACACGCAAGAGCGCAUCCUUAUGGCUGUGCGGCAUCAAAAGUUUCCGAUUUUCGGCGUCCAGUUUCAUAUAGAAUCUGCAGGCACUGAAUAUGGUGACCAGAUCCUUCGCAAUUUUCUGCGUAUCGCCCAGAGGUAUCGCCUCGAGCGUGGAUACCCAGUAGAGCGCCUCGCGCCGCGCGUGCCCCACAGCACUGACCCUGGAAACGCAGGUCGUUUCCAAGCAGUAUACGAAGAAGUCAUGGGUAAGCUUCAUCGACCGCAGCGUUGCGUUCAGAUGCACCGUCUGGAGGCAAAACGAGUCUGUGCGCAACCGGCACAAGCGUUUUUGCGUCUGUAUGGAAAUGAUCCCAAUCGGCAAGUGUUCUGGUUGGAUUCUUGUUACGAGUAUCGACAAGAACGCUGGCCGGCAGUGCGCUGGAGCAUGAUCGGCGAAUGGGAGUCAAGUCAUGCACUGGACGGGUCUCGUUUUCCGUUUUGGGAAGCGCUUGACAAAGAGCUCUCGACCAGUGCCGCUUCGUGGCCGGAGCUGGAAACAUCCGAUGAGCUGCCGCCUUUCAUUGGAGGUUACCUUGGAUAUCUUGGAUUCGAACUGAAGAGGGAGAGCUUCGAUGCUCCCCAUGGAGGUCAGAGCGGGCGUCGAAACCCGGCUGAUGCUUUUCUAGGUUGGGUGCAUCGACUUGCGAUCUUUGAUCAUCAGACGGGUUCGGUGCUGCUCGUCACGAAUGAUGCGGCUUCCGCAGAUCCGAGCGACGCCGCCAUGUGGAUAGAACGAGUCGAAUGCGCCCUAACGACACCGGAUUCUGCGCCAAAUCGGGUUGAUCUUCAGGUAUCAGAUCGAAUCAGGAAUCAGGAGACACCAAGGAAUGCUCCAUGUGAUCAGUCAUCGAAUGCACCCCAGAAGAUUAUCCAGUUCGAAUGGAGUCGCUCUCGUGAUCAGUAUCUCAAAGAUAUUCGAACGUGUCUGGAAUAUAUUCGUAAUGGCGAGAGCUACGAAAUCUGCCUCACCAAUCUUCUUCGACUACGACCAACGAAGCUGCCUCCCAAGUUUCAUCCUCUAACCCAUUACUUGGUAUUACGUCGUGUGAACGCGGCGCCAUUCGCUGCGUACUUGCAGCUCGGCCCCGAUACAGUCAUCUGCAGCGCGUCGCCGGAGCGUUUCUUACUAUUACGCAACGGAACAAUGCUGGAGUCGAGACCCAUCAAGGGGACCAUACAACGCAGCGCUGACCCAGCUGAGGAUGCGCGCCUCGCAUUCCAACUUAGCACCAGCCGGAAAGAUCGAGCGGAGAAUCUGAUGAUCGUCGACCUGGUUCGCAACGACUUUGGUCGAUUAUGCAAACCUGGUACCGUUCAAGUGCCGCAACUCAUGCGGCUCGAAACCUUCGCUAGCGUGCAUCAACUGGUCAGUAUCGUGCAGGGACGUUUGCCGUCUCCCAUGCGCAACACGGGCCCACAUAACACCUGGGCUGCACCUCUGGGGCGCGUCCUUCGAGCUUGUUUUCCCAUGGGAUCCAUGACGGGGGCGCCAAAGCAACGAACCCUGGAAAUUCUCGAGGCGCUGGAGAAGAGGCCCCGGGGCAUCUACAGUGGUAGCAUCGGCUACGUCUCAGCAAACGGCCAACAUGCGGACUGGAACGUCAUCAUCCGCACUGCAGUAUGGGAACGCCGUCGGAACGCCAAUGGUGUGGAUGCGCCAGAAGACUCCUGGGGCGUCAGCAUCGGAGUUGGCGGCGCUAUUGUUGCACACAGCGACCCCCAAGACGAGUACGAAGAAACCCUUUUGAAGGCCAGAUCAGUCAUUGAAUCCAUCAGGGAGGCACUGCAGGCGGAAUCGGUCGAAAUCGUAGAGGCAUUUCCGUGUGAAGCCGGGCCAUGUCCAGCGCCCUAG